AUGAGACUUAGGCAAAGAUUAGAACAAUCCAACGAAAUGAAUGCACGAAUAAACAAAAACUUGAAAGAUCUUGUGAAAGAUAAUGAAGAGAAACAGGUACUCUUUGAAACAAAUGAAAAGGAAUUUCAAAGACUGCAAGAGCAGCUUGCUUCAAUGCGCACCGAGAAAGAAAUAUUAGAAGGAGUGUUGUUUAAUACACAGACCAAUUUGGAAGCUACACAUAUCAAGAAGACACAGUUAGAGAAAGAACAGAAAGAGAUAUUAAUAAAACAGGAGAGCUUAAAGGGACAGGUGACGCGACUGACGAAAGAAUUGGAGAAUAGUGAAAAACGUGCGCAAGAUAUCAAACAGUCGCUUACGCAACAGAGUGGCGAUCAAAUCGCAGAAUUUCAACAAAUUAUAUCUAACAUGAAGAGACAAUCGGAAGAUAACAUAAAGAAGAUAAACGACGAAAAAGAACAAGUAAGAAUAACUUUAGAGAAAUGGUUACAACAGUCUUUAUUACAAGUGGAAGGAAACAAAAAUGAAGAAAUUAAUCAGUUUCAACAGCGAAUAUAGGAGUUGCAGCAACACAUAGAGAAUUUGUGUAAGCAGCAUGAGGAAGCGCUUCUUAGAGCUGAGAAUGAUAAACAACAAGCACUUUUAAUAGCUCAUCACGACCAACAGGCGUUAAUCGAAAAAAUUGACACUAUUAUGCGUGAAUUAGAAGAAGAAAAGAACACUUUGGAACGUGUUAAAAGAGAGGCCGCAGCGCGCGCCGAGCAAGAACGUAAUAAUACGAAUCAAUUGCGCGUCGAAUUAACGCGUCUCAAAACAAAGUUGGACGAAACAAAGUUGAGAGCUAACGAGGAAAAAAUGAAACUUGACUUAAAGAUAGAGGAGCUUUGGAAGGAACGGGAGUCCACGCAACGAGAAGUCGAAGAAUUGCAAGUUCAACUGCACAUGACGGAGGAUAAAGUAGACGGCCUGCAAAAUCAAUUACACGAUACUAUUAGGAAACUCAAAGACUCUGACAAUGUUAAUGAGACGAUGCGCAAAGAGUUAGUUGACGUACGAAGACAAUUAGCGGAUACCACGUAUGAGAAAGAAAAAUACAACAACAGUAACAAAGAAUUGCGGGAACACGUUAAGCAAAUUGAGAGCGAAAGAAGGGAACAAGGAAGAACGUUGGAGGAGUCGUACCAGAAAAUAGCAACAUUGGAAGACACGAAAGCGACCAUGGACGUCGAGAGGACGCGUCUGCAGGCGCAAGUACGCGACAUGGAACGCGACGCGUUACAACUGCAGCAGCAACUUCGUUUCACGCAGGACGAGUUACAGAAAUGCCACGAGAACAAUGCCCAGGCUCAAAACGAAGAAAAGGAGCUGCAGGCCAGACUUGCUAACGAGAUCGAGAAGAGAGAGCGAAUACAACUGCAAUUGCAUCAAGUGAAGAAACAGGUAAUCGACUUGGAUAACAGUUUGGAAGUUACGCGGCAAGAACUUGGAAAACUACGCGCGCGAGCGGAUGAAGAAGAUGAACGGUGGCAUGCCCGAGAACAAGAGUUGCUGGUGCGGCUCGAGGAUAGCCGCUGUCGCGAAAGAAAAUUGGAAGAUCAGAAACAUAAUCUGGAAGUUUGCUUGGCCGAUGCCCCGCAGCAACUUCAAGAGCUAAAGGCACGCCUCGGAGGAUCCGAAGGCAGAGUAAGAGCACUCGAUGCCCAAUUGUCGCAAUUGGAGACUGCUAAGAAGGAAGUAGAGCAGAAACUGAGCAGUGUGGGUUCCACGCUACGCCGUAUCGCCGGUAUUCAAAUGGAUGGAAGCGUAAACAUGCCGUUUAAAUUAAUGAGCCCUUCGAGAAGAUGGAGUCCAGCACGUGCGCAAGACCAUGCUGAUAGUAGCAGAGAUAUCAUACUGGACGUUGAUCCUGAAACCGUUAGGAAAAGAGUACGAUCGCUUAUGCAACAAGUUGCUCAAAUCGAACGCGAGAGGGAUGAUUACAAAACAGAACUGUGUAGCUUGAAGAAGCAACUGAAAAAGUCUCAAGAAAACCAAAACAAUACGGAUGUAAAAGUCAAUAAUCUUCUGACUAAUAUUCGGACGCUUCAGGAAGAGAAAAAAUCUAUCGAAGCAAAAUUAACUCAAACGCAAACUGGCUAUCACGCACAGCUGGACGCACUUCAACAAAAGACAGAGGAAUGUGAGCAUUUAUGUGAAAAGGUUACAACCUUAGAGAUAAAGAUGAGUACCGAGCCAGACGAAAAAUCUCAGUACGAGGAUAAACUAGAGAAAAUGAAGCAAGAAUUAAACAAAUUGGAAACGGAGAAGCGUAAUCUACAGAAAGAAGUCCGUCACAGCGACUCUCGCGCAACAGAAAUGGAAUUGCACAGAAUGUCUCUAGACGGCGAUCUCCAAAGAUUGCAAAUGAUGCUGCAAGAAAAAGAAGCGCAUAUUCAAAAACUGCAAGACCGCUUUGACACACAAAGCCGUACCACAGCAAGUUUAGAGGAACGUUGCGCUUCGUUAAAAUCUACUAUAGAACAAUUAAAACUAUCACUAGAAAAACAUCGGCUACGGAAAGCGAGCUUAAGAGCUGAAAUAAAUUUGUUACGACACAACGUAAUGGAGAUCACUACUUCCUCUCAAAGUAACAAUGAAAAACUCAAGCAGCUGCAGAAACAACUCUCGAAUGCCGAGAACGAGCUAGCUAAUAAUGAGGCCAGCGACAGUCCGAAACUGGAGCAGCAACUGCAGCAGCAGGAUUGUGUCAAAAAGGAGGAAUGCUGCGAGAUGAUCAGCGGCGACAAGAACGACGCCGAGCGCGGGCCGCGGCGGCAGCGCAUCGCCACCGACCGUCGAGGUGACGUGCAACGACGGCGUCGUCGUCGUCGUCGUCGACGGUGGCCAACAGGACCGCGAUUCCCCGGAGGUGGCAGCGCCGACGUCGACUACCGUGGAGAACGAUGUCAAGGAGGAACCAAAGAGCAACGAUGUCCAGAAGACGACGUCUAACCUUAAGAGGUCCGUCAAGGCUGAGCAUAAGCAGCGCCUGUUCGCGAGAAUGGACGACCGUAUGGACAUCGAAAUCAAGUUCGAGGACUACCAGCAGAGCGGCAAGGACGAGCGGGAGAAGCACGAGGAAACUGGACAGCGGUCCAGCGAGGAUCGCGAGGACGAGGACGCCGGUAGGAGCUCGUCGACGUCCCCGACUCCGUCCAACGUAAACAACACUAUAGUGGAUUUUGUAGCGCCAGGCAGAAGAGAGCCAGAAAAGUAUUUGAUCUUUCGGAUAACAACCUGGUAAAGCGCAAACGAGGUAGACCAGGUAAUAAUAAAAAUUUGUUGAUGCAAGACUCAGGAUUCGGUUACUAAGCCAACUGUCAAAGACGGAGCGUGCAGGCAGUGCAGCCUCUGUGCCAAAGAGAAACAGGAGGCUCUCGUAGCUUGCAGGGAUUGUACAGGGCGAACACAUCCGAGUUGUAUUUGCAGUCCAGAGGAGUUACUACAGAAAGCUAAGAGCAAUUGGCAGUACGAGCGCUGUACAGUAACCUGCACAGUAUGCUGCGAGACCUCUGACGCUGCUCCCUAAACUUUCUGAUGUGUCAAUAGAAACGCCGUACGUUUUGGAUGACUCGCGUGCAUAUACGCGCGCGCUCAUCGCGAGCCACACGCGACUACGGGAGUGGCUCGCGGGCGCGCCCUGUGCAUCACGCCCGGCCGUACCCCGCCCGGAUGCAUGCAUCGUCCUGUAUCGAUGUGUCGGUGCACUCUCUGGACGCACGGGAGAUCGGCAAAUCUAAGAUCGUGCAACUGGUGUCCAGUGGCGUGUCCGCGGCCGGUACACGUUGGCGAGCGCGGAGCGGGAGCGAGCGAGACGGGGCGCGCGCCAGCCGGACGCGAGGAACGAAGAGUGAAGGAUGAAGGAGCCCCCGGGAAGGAAAGGCGACGGUAAGGCCCCGAAGAAGAAGGGGAGAGGUGGAAUGCGCGCGGUUCUCGAAGGAGGAGCUGUCGGCGGUGAAAAAUCACGCACCCCGCCACGGCCGGAGCGCAGCAUCUGCUCUACAUACCCUGGCUCUCAACCUAUCUACCUAUGCGCGACUAUCGUCGAUCGACGACCUGUGAAAAUCGCUCAAUCGACGACCUCGAAGCGCACCUUCGCACCCGUGGUGCGUGCGAUAAUCGAUUCCCCGGUGCUCGCCGGGUGCUCCCCACGUGCUCCUCGAAAUAAUUGUGUCGCGCGAGAUAAUUAUGGCUUUCACAGAUUAUGAACGCGCUGUUCUUUUUACGUAGGUUCUUUGAUGAUAAAUUUAUUCCGCUCUCGAGCCUGCGAAUUGUCUAAAAGAUAAAGACAUUGAAACUUUUCCAGCAAG